CUGAAUUCAAUCUCAAGGUUCGAACCACUAAUUAUUUUAGUCUUGUAUCUUUUUCCAUCUUCUCAAUUCUGUAAAAAGUUAGGCCUGCGUCUAGGAGAAUGGCAGACGGUUUUAUGUUGAUGAUGCAGUUAGUGUUUCCCCGGAUUGAUGUAGCAGAAACUCCGGCAUCCGAUCUUCCUUGUUCUCUCGAUGCUAAUAAUGAAGAAGACAUUCACACUUCCGUCUUAAUUAUCAUCAUGGGAUUGUUACUCUUUUUCCUUUUCUACUUUCUCAUCGACGGCUUCCAUAGUUUGCUCCAAAAUGAGACAAACGAGGGCGACAUGGAACUAGGGGAAAUGAACAAUCAGCAUGAACGUUCCCGGAGAACCAUUAGCGCCGUGGAUUGGUCACAUCAAGCGGCUGCAAUUCACCGGAGGAACAUAUGGGUGCUGGAAACGUUGAACAGGAUUGUGCAGGCCUUGGAUGAUAGGCGGGGGCUGGGGCGGGAGGAGAUGGAGAAAGUUCUGCCAAUUGUCAACUACAACAGCAAUGAAAUGAAAUGGAGUGACGAUUGUGCAAUUUGCUUGGAGGAUUUUCAAGAGGAAGAUUUAUGCAGGAUUUUUCCUGUUUGCAAUCAUGUUUUUCAUUGGAAUUGCAUCGAUGGUUGGGUGAAAAAUAAUCUCACUUGCCCUGUUUGUCGAAAUUGUAUUUUGGAUUUGGAUUUGGAAGAUUUCGAUUUAUCAUGACAAAGUAAUGUAAAUAGGCAUUUGAAUUUGUUACAAGAAUGUAAAAAAAUACCCAAAAAAAAAAAAAAAGAAGAGAAUUUUUCUUUAUUUUGAGUUUGAAGCAUGAAUACGUUGUUUUACGAUUCUGAUUGUAUUGAACUGUAAAAUAAAAACCUUCAUAUAGA